GAGAAACAUGGAUGUGAGAGAAAAUUAUUGAUCAGCUGCUUCCUACAUGCCCCCUACUGGGGAUAAAAUUCACAACCCAUGAAUGUGCUCUGACCAGCAAUCGAACCAUGAUCCUCUGGUACAUAGGUCAACACUCAACCACUGAGCCACGCCAGCCAGGCAAAUUAUCUAUACUUUUAACUAAAAGUCAGUGAAUGAGAAAAAUUAAUUUUUGCCUGAGCUAAAAUUUAUAUUUGUAACAGGAGUGAUGUCAGUUCACUCAAAUUAUGGUUUUUGAACAAUUUAACAAACUAAUUCUAGGUUUAAACUCCUCAGUCCAACUUUCUCUAGAGAAUUCAGUAAACUCAUCAGUCAUGUAAAAACAUAGAAUAGACUCUGUAUAUGUGCAACCAAGAUAAGGGUCUUAUGAUUGAGAACAUAAUGCCCAGGGCUGGGUAGAGAGAAGGCUGCUGCCUUCAUGUUGUGAGAGAGGCAAUUGGGCUGUUUGCCUUGCCCCCAACUAGCAGCCCCACCCCAUAUCACUCCAUCAGCAUGGCUGCCUCUUUGGACAUUCAACUGGUCCUUUCUGCAGAUAAGCAUGCAUUAUAAAAUUAAAAAUUGUUUUCAUUGGAGGAGGUCUCAAAACUAAUGAGUCCCUUAGGUGGGGCUUACUUUGAUAGCUAACUACAAACAGAAUGGGAAAUAGAUAAGAUGUCUGCAUGAGAAAAGGGGAGAUGAAACAAACUAUUUGAAUAAAGGGACCAAAAAUGGUGAGUUUGGAUGGGGGGUUCAUAUACUUGUUGAAGAUAGCAGAGUAUCAGUUGAUUUGGAGUAGAGGAAAAAUGUGGGAGUUAGAGGUCAGUGCUUUUUUAAUACGGAAAUGUUUAUGCCAAUUUACAUGUUUAGAAAAUAGUAUGUAAUGAAUCUUUAUGUAUCUACCAUCCAGAUUCAAUCAUAAUUCACCUACUAUGAUAAGUCUCAUUUGUUUUUAUGGAAACCUACCCUUUUGCCCUCCCCCCUUCCUUUCCCCUUACAUAUAAAUAAGAGCAAUUCCAGGUAAUUUAUUGAUUCAAAUCUUGUCCCAAUUGAAGAAACACUUUUACCUCACUUUCUUCUUUCUCCCUCUCUCUCCCACUCUCCCUCCCCUCCCCACCCCAUUUUAGCUCUAUUUUCAACUUUCAGCACUGCAGCUCUGAGGGUCCAACUUUUCCAGGAUACACAUCUGUAAAGGUCAGCCCUGCACCCUGAGCAGAUAAAGGGAGGAACUGUACCAGCAGUGCCUCAUGCCUCAGCCUUUCUCUGUUCUGGACUGAUAGCUUCAUAAUGGCAGUGGGUGAGGCCCUGGUGCACAUCAAGGUCACUCUUCUGCUGCUUUGGUUUGGGGUAUCUCUGUCCAUUUCUGGCCACUCUCAGGCUAGGCGUUUUCAGCGCUUCUCCAAAGAAGUCGUGAUUCCCUUGAAGGUGACAAGCAGGGACCGAGGUGCUAAGGCUCCAGGCUGGCUCUCCUACAGCCUGCGGUUCGGGGGCCAGAGACACAUUAUCCACAUGAGGGUCAAGAAGUUCCUGGUUUCCAGACACCUACCAGUGUUCACCUACACAGACCAGCAUGCCCUCCAAGAGGAUCAGCCUUUUGUUCCUGAUGACUGCUACUACCAUGGUUAUGUGCAGGGGGUCCCAGGGUCCCUGGUUGCACUCAGUACCUGUUCUGGAGGUUUCCGAGGAAUGCUACAGAUAAAUGACCUUGCUUAUGAAAUUGAGCCCAUCAGGCACUCUACUACAUUUGAACACAUGGUGUAUAAGAUAGAUAGUGAUGAAAUACAGUUCCCGCCUAUGAGAUGUGGCUUGACAGAAGAGAAAAUAGCACGCCAAUUGGAGUUGCAAGAGUUGCCUAAGUCCACUCUGAUGCAAAGUUCUCAUGCGAACUGGUGGACUCACUUGCGAUUUCUUGAGUUGGCAAUAGUUGUGGACUACUUUCGAUACCUUUUCUCUGGACGUAAUACGUCAUUAGUGCAGCGUGAGCUACUUGAGCUUGUCAGUGUGGUAGAUAUCUUCUAUAGCCCUUUCAAGCUUAAUGUAAUUUUGAUUGGAGUUGAGAUCUGGAAUCAAAGAAACCUAGUUUCCACUGAUGACAUAGAUCAGCUUCUGGACGACUUUUCUCUCUGGAAGUUUACCAAUCUUGAUGGCCGACUACAACAUGAUGAUGUCCAUCUUAUCAUAAAAAAAUCAUUUGGUAAUAAGCUUGGAGUUGCCUAUAUUGCAGGAAUAUGCCGGAAGCCUUUUAAUAGUGGAGUUGCUGUUUUCCGGGACCACAAUGUGUACUCUUUUGCACUUACUUUGGCCCAUGAGCUUGGUCAUUCUCUGGGUAUGCAGCAUGACACUGCAUGGUGUGUGUGUGAUGCCAAGUGGUGCAUAAUGUCAGCCUUGAAACGGCCAACAGUUAAAUUCAGCAACUGCAGUUAUGCCCAGUAUUUGGACACUACAAUGCGAUCUGGUUUAUGUAUUUACACUCCUCCACAUCCAAGGAAUAUUUUUAGGUUACAGUAUUGUGGGAACCGAGUUGUUGAAAGAGGUGAGGAGUGUGACUGUGGAUCUAUAAGGCAGUGUGGUAAAGAUCCCUGUUGUCAGUGGAACUGCACUCUGAGCCCUGGUUCUGCUUGUGCUUUUGGGCUGUGUUGCAAAGGCUGCAAGCUCAUGCCAUCAGGGGCUUUGUGCAGACCACAGGUCGGUGAAUGUGACCUUCCAGAGUGGUGCAAUGGGACAUCCCACCAGUGCCCAGAAGACGGAUAUGUGCAAGAUGGGAAUCCCUGUGGUGACAAAGCCUAUUGUUAUAAAAAGAAUUGUAGCAGCCAUGACAGACAGUGCAGGGAGAUUUUUGGUGAAGAUGCAAAGAGUGCAUCUCAGGAGUGCUACAAAGAAAUCAACUCCCAGGGAAGCCGUUAUGGCCACUGUGGUCUAGAUAGUAAUAAAUACCUAAAAUGUAAUACCUCAGAUAUCUUCUGUGGGAGAGUUCAGUGUGAAGACGUGUCAGUUAUUCCUAACCUGACAGAACAUACAACAGUACAUCAGCUUCAGAUCAACUUCACCAUUUGCUGGGGCACUGAUUAUCAUUUAGGGAUAACCACACCUGAUAUUGGUCUAGUGAAAGAUGGCUCAGUGUGUGGUCCAGGAAAGAUAUGCAUCAACCAGAAAUGUGUCAAUAUGCCUCUUGUAUCACAAGCCUGUCAGACUGAUACCUGCCACACGAGGGGAGUCUGCAAUAAUAAACAGCACUGCCACUGCAGCCAGGGGUGGGCACCUCCCAACUGCAUGCAGAAAGGCGAUGGAGGUAGUAUUGAUAGUGGCCCACCUCCUUCUAAGAAUGGACAACCACAACCACAACCACAACCACAACCACAACCACAGGCCAACGUACUAAAACCCACUUCAAAAACAGAUUGCAUGACUACCUGCAUUUCUUAG